UAGUAGGCACAUGGAGAAACCUAUUGUAUUACACCAUCAAGUUGUGAAACAUUUAUUAAGGUAUGUUAAAGGUACAAUUAGUCUCGGACUUGUGUACUCAAAGGGAGCUGAAAAAGAAGUAAUCCUCGGGUUUUCAGAUAGUAAUCUGGCCGGGGAUAUAGAGGAUAGGAAGAGCACUGGCGGGAUGGCCUUCUACCUCAAUAACAACCUUGUUACUUGGGCCUCACAGAAGCAGCGGAGUGUUGCAUUGUCCUCAUGUGAAGCUGAAUUUAUGGCGGCGAGUGCGGUAGCUUGCCAGGGAAUAUGGUUGCGUGGGUUACUUAGUGAUCUGAUACUUAACAAGGUUGAUCCUGUCACAAUUUAUGUUGAUAAUAAAUCCGCAAUUGCACUAAUGAAGAAUCCAAUGUUCCACGGGAGGAGCAAGCAUAUUGAUAUUCGUUUUCACUUCAUUCGUGAAUGCGUGGAAAGAGGAGAAAUCGUGGUUCAGCAUGUGUGCACCGAAGAACAGCGAGGUGAUAUACUCACCAAGGCAUUAUCAAGAAUUAAAUUUGCAGAAAUGUGUGAGCUGCUUGGAGUCAAAGAUCUCACCUGAUCAAGUUUGGAUUAAGGGAGAGAAUGUUGGAAUUAGUCCAAACUUGUUCCUAAAAUCUUGGGCAUAACCCAUGAUCCAAUCUUAUUGCUUAGUUGGUUAGUUUGUUUUUCCUGAUUUUUAGAAUAGUGGGUAGUGCUCGGUUAACUAGUUACUUCUCUUUAUUUAAAUAGCAGCAGCUUUUGUGAUUAAAAUGUAGUCUGGAGUAUCCUCUUUUGUAAAGUGUCGUUGUUAUCACUUUUACAUAAGCACCAGAGAGUAAUUUUCCUCCUUGCCUUUAAAGUGUUUGAUUAAAUGCCUAAGUGAGAUUUUUCCUUCAAAUUGCAUUUUUCAGUUUGUAGAAAUCCUGGGCUGCAUACAACACGGUGUGUGGCAGGGUGUGCAGUGGCUUUUUGAAAAUACUAGUUUUGUUUCUUGCCGAGACAAAUCCAAAUCCAACGAUAUAGCAUAUUUCAAUUCCGUGCCCAAUUGAUGUUCUGUAUAAUUGUAUGGUGCGUCAUAAAAAGUGAAGAAUGAAGUUGGUAAUUAAGUUAUUCACAAAAAAAGCAUAUUUCAAUUUCGGGCCAAGCUGAAAAACACGAAUUUUCUGGCCACUAGUUUUUUUUUCGAAAGAAAAAUACUUCCUCCGUUCUUUUUAAUUGCAACGGUCCACUUUUCACAUUUGCCAACGCACAAGUUUGACAAUUAAUAUCUUUCAUUCCUUAUUAGUAAAAAAAUAACAAAUUCAUAGUAUGAA